AUGACCUCGAGACUGCAGCAGACAAAGGGCGGUUUCAACUUUGACAACCAUGUCCGCAACACAAUGAUGGAGGGCAAAGGAAUGGGCAUUCCCAAGGCGACAAAGACAGGAACAACCAUCGUCGGACUGAUUUACAAGGACGGCCUCGUCCUCGGCGCCGAUACCCGUGCCACCGCUGGACCUAUUGUCGCCGACAAGAACUGUGAAAAAAUUCAUUACCUGGCCCCUAACAUGUACUGUUGCGGUGCCGGAACAGCCGCUGAUACAGAGAUGACGACAGCCUUGAUUAGCAGUCAGUUGGAGCUCCACCGACUCAGCACAGGACGCCAGGCACGCGUCGUCACCGCCAUGACCAUGCUGAAGCAGAUGCUUUUCAAAUACCAAGGCCAGAUCGGAGCAGCUUUGAUUCUUGGAGGUGUCGACAUCAACGGACCUCACCUGUACACAAUCUACCCUCACGGAAGCACAGACAAGCUGCCAUAUGUCACCAUGGGCUCAGGAUCUCUUGCUGCCAUGAGUGUGUUUGAAAGCCGCUUCAAGCCCGACUUGACUCGCGAAGAGGGAAUCUCGCUUGUACAGGAGGCCAUUGAGGCGGGUAUCUUCAAUGAUCUGGGAUCUGGAUCCAAUGUCGAUAUCGUCGUCAUUAACAGUGAAAAGGUCGAGGUUCUCCGAAAUUACGCCAAGCCCAAUGAGCGUGGUGUCAAGGAAGCAAGCUACAAGUUCCAGAGGGGAACCACUGAAGUUCUCAAGACGUCGAUCCGUGACCUCGUGGAUAUCAAGGAAACCGUCAACAUCCACACAUCUGAGGCCAUGGACAUUUCUUAG